CAUCGAGUUCUUCAGCCCCGGGCCCCUUGAGCGCUUUCUCCAGCUGAGUAUUAUAGAGCUGUGCAGCUAAAGAUUGUCUAUCGGGCCCGCUCUAUCCUCUUGAUCGAUAGCCACCGCAACCUCACACAUAUAUGGCGUCGACCGGCUACUUCGCAGUUCCCAGAGACGGAAAUGGCGGGUCUACCAGUACCAGUCGACCAUCGAACUCCCGCACGCCCAGCUACGACCCAGCAUACGUCUUCUCGCCGUCGUUCAGCGACGCGAACAUGGAGCUUGCCAACACGCUGCACAACAAGCCGCGCGACGCGGCCCUGGCCCGGGGUCUCAGUAUCGGUACUGCGGAGGUGGCGGGGGACGACGAAAGGGCUAGGCUACAAUUGCGGUUUCUCGGGUAUCGGUUCCGGAGGAGUGGAAGGUUCCGGGGGAUUUUUUGGCCGUUGAUGGGAAGACUGGCGCUCGAUGCGGGACUCUGGGCUGCGUUUAUCGUGGCUAUCACGUUUACCGAGUCCAGGAGGAGCCUUGAUAAGGGCGAGAAGUACCUGUUCAAUGCGGUCGGCGUGGGCUUGCCGCUCAUGCUAGGCCUGAAUAUCAAUUCGUCGUUCAAGGGUAUGGCGGCGGCGGUGAGGUGGAAGAUUCUGGCGAGUGGGCCGUUUACGCUCCAAGAGACUGAUCUCAUUCUGAGCCUUGAUAGUUUCCUGGUCGUGGCAAGGCUGGGCUACCUGUGGUUCCGGGAGGCCAUCAAAAGGAACCACCGCUGGGGAAAUAAACAUCCGAGCAAGGGAAUAUACAUCGCUAGGUCGCUGGCAUGCUUCGGCUGGAUCAUACUCAUGUUUGGCUCACAAGCCGGCGUCGGCCUGUUGGGUUUAACGUUCGACUUCGACGGCCUGGAUACGCUGAUGGUAGAGGACGGACUGGUCGAGGUGACGAAUCUGAACAACUUUGCGAACGAGAACGGCGACACUGUUACGGACGAACCGACGAUUAUCAAUAUGGAGCAGUAUCGAGCGCAUCAGUACGGUGAUGUGGCCAAUAUGACCAUCAAAGAUCUCAUUGUCGACAAAGUCCCCCUCGAGGAGGACAGGGAAAGUGCUGCGGCAAGGAAGAUAUAUCACCUGAAGGGAACGAAUGACUGGGUGUACAAGAUCCAAGACUGGACAAUAGAUGGCAAUAGAACCCUCGCCAUCGGGACGAACCGCAUCAUCACCGUCAACACGACUUGUCGUAUAGCUUUAAAUUGGGAAUUCGGUAACAGCACUACCGUUCCGACCGGUGACUGGGCGUGGAUGGCCGAUAUCGACAUUCUAAGCAUUCCCGGAGACGCAAUCACAUACGUAAACUUCGACGUCGACGGCCUCCAAGAAAAAUACCACUGCGGCCCGCGCUGCAGCAUAGUCAACGGCGUGGCCAGACAAGCGAGCAAUAUCCACGCUUUCACCUGCGAAGUCGCCGUCACAACUGUACAGGGCAGCAACAUGCCAGAGCACCAGAUGGACGACCGCGCUGCACUCCUCGCCGCAGGCUCCAUCGCCCUGGACGGAACUGGCAAACGCAGGACUGAGGGUAUCAUUCGGUAUCAGUACGCACGAUACAACACUUUAACCGGAUGGGGUGCCACCCUGACAGACGCCAACCAGCUCGCGCAGCGUGUUGGCAAGUUCGCGGUGGGAACCAUCGCGAUGCUGGACUCUUACCGUGUGACGACAUAUCAAGUGCCCGGUCGGAGGGUGAUCAAUGUGGUUGCCGGCGUGCUGUUGAGGAUUAAAACCCCCGAGCUGUUCAUCGUCAUGGGCGUGCUCAUCGGAACUCAUAUCGCACUCAUACCGAUUGUGCUUUGGCUGGCGUGCUCAGUGAGGCAUGUGCCGACGGUGGAUCUGUCGGCUUACUUAUUAUGAGGUGCAAAAUGUUUUAGAGGGGGAUAGAAAGUACACAACAUCGGGGGAACACAGUUGGAAACUGGCCAGCUUGCGGUAGGCCGGCAAAGGUAAACAUAUAGGUAGGUAGAGCUGUGACGGGGCGGGCUCAGGGCUGUAUGAGGGCAAAAAAUCAAGUCCCUCCGACCAGAGUCGAACUGGUGACCAACGGAUGACAACUUUGAAAUUACAGUCCGGUGUGAUACCAACUACACCACAGAGGGUUCAUGAAUGCAGAGC